AUGGGUGGAGACAACGGUUUGGAGGAAGGACCCUAUAGAAUGAGUAAUCCAAUAAAUCAUACAGAAGCAGACGCAGGAGCGGCAAACCCGUUCGCCAGUAGUGGGCUGGUGAGAUCAUAUGUAGCAGUAGUGCUACAUCAACAACAACAGCAGCAGAAGCAGGGGCAACAGCAGGAGCAGCAGCUGGGACAGAACGAGUUAAACAAGCCUCCGCAAAAGCCGAAAAUAGUGACAGCAAAGAGAUUGGUGGAGGAGCUCCACAAUUUCGUGGAUGGGAGGAACAAUGUCCAUAAGGAGAUUAAGGACAUGGUUCACAAGAUACGAAAGGCGCUAGUAUCGGCAGUAAAUGAAUUCGAUACCGCAGUGUUGAGGGCCGAUGCAGCGGAGUGCGCAUUGGCGCUGACUAAGGCUCCUGCUGCCUUAGCUCCGCCGGAACAGGAACAUAUCGGCACAGCUGAUCCAUUACAUCCUAAGAAGCAGGGGAAAGAGAUGUUAGCUGGGUUGGAGAGUACAUCAGUCUCCAUGACUCCUAAAAGGGCCAGAACUUCGCCGGGAGACGGGAGGCCAGGCGGUCUCAAGAAGCAAACGCGGGAGGACGCUGCCGCCGUUGGAGGGACAGACGCUACUUCACAGGGAUCAGGAUGGAGUACCGUAGUUGGCCAGAAGGAGAAAAGAAACAAACAGCUGAAGCGAAAAGAGGCGAGAAAGAUGGAACAGAACAAGAAGGAAAAGCCUCCGCCUCGUCAGAAGCCACCGAAGGGGAAGCCGUACUCGUCAAGGCUAACGAUGCACGGACGUAUGCUGCGCUACUCAAGAAGGUUAGAGAGGAUCCGGAGCUGA